UAGAUGAUAUGAUGUAUGAUACGAUUUUCUACUAAUUUGCUUAAUUCCCCAACCUUAAAAAAAAAAUCCCAUCGCACUGAUCGUCAACAUUUAUUUGCGCUUUGAUUGAAACCAAAUUCCAAGAUGAAAUUUCCAAUAGAAAACCCAAGAAAACAAGUUAACUGGGACCCGGAACAAGUGGUGGUCCAGACCAACUUGGUCCCCCCCAAAAAGGCCCAGCCUGGCAUGGCGAAGUCGAGUCUAGUCCAGGCCAGCGUUGCCACCAUGCAGAACCCGAUGGGCUGCGACCCAAAAUCCAACGGUCACUGUCUACUGCCGCGCCUGUCCAUCUCCUCUCGCUCUGCCAGCGUGGUCGCCAGCAUGGAUGCCAGCUGCGAGGGCCCGGCCGCUGCCCUCCACUCGGUGAUGAAGUGGAAGACGGUGAUGGCUGUGUUCGUCGUGGUCAUUCUCUACCUGUUUUGCGGCGCUCUGGCCUUCAGGGCGCUGGAGAUGCCGUUCGAGAGACACCAGAAGACGAGCAUCACCCUCGAGAAGGCUUCGUUCCUGGAGAGACACCGCUGCGUUACGCCUAAUGAGCUCGAGGCGAUCAUCAAGCACGCCAUAGAUGCGGUGAGCGCCGGAGUGAGUCCUAUUGGAGACACGUCCUACAACUCCAGUUACUGGGAUAUGGGCAGCGCCUUCUUCUUCGCUGGAACUGUCAUCACAACCAUAGGUUAUGGAAACAUAGCUCCAAGCACGCAAGGCGGGAAGAUCUUCUGCAUUCUUUAUGCCAUAUUUGGCAUUCCUCUCUUUGGGUUCUUGUUAGCGGGGAUCGGAGACCAGCUCGGGACCAUCUUUGUGAAAAGUAUCUUGAAAGUGGAGAAGAUAUUCAGGCAAAAGCACAAGCAGAUUAGUCAGACUAAGAUCAGGGUGACGUCCACCAUCCUGUUCAUCCUGGCCGGCUGCAUUGUCUUCGUCACCAUCCCAGCUGUCAUCUUCAAACAUAUCGAGGGCUGGACCACGCUGGAGGCCAUCUACUUUGUAGUGAUCACUCUCACCACAGUGGGAAUAGGAGACUAUGUCGCAGGUGGGGACCGUAGGAUUGACUACAUGCAGUGGUACAAGCCGCUGGUGUGGUUCUGGAUCUUGGUGGGUCUGGCAUACUUCGCGGCCGUCCUCAGCAUGAUCGGAGACUGGCUCCGAGUGCUGUCUAAAAAGACCAAAGAGGAGGUCGGGGAGUUUAAAGCUCAUGCAGCUGAAUGGAAGGCAAACGUGCGAGCAGAGUUCCGCGAAACGCGGCGGCGCGUGAGCGUCGAGAUCCACGACAAGCUCCAGCGGGCCGCCACCAUCCGCAGCAUGGAGCGCCGUCAGCUCGGCCUGGAGCAGCGAGCUCACUCCCUCGACAUGCUGUCUCCAGAGAAGCGGGCCAUGUUCGCCAGCCUGGACGCCGGCCGCUUUAAGACUUCAUCCCAGGAGAGCAUUGACACCAAGCUGAACAACCUGAGGCUGAAGGGCGCCUGCGAGCACUACGACCACCAGAGGAGCGAUCAAACCCAACAGACAGCGUCUUCCUCAGAGGAGAACCUCUUCAACCUUCGCUUCGGCUCACUCACCAAACUGGGCAGACGCAACAAGAACCGCGAGGUUCGGAGGAACAUCCCCGAAGAUGUCCGACGGGCGAGUGUAGGCAUAAACAUUGGCAGCACCAUGCUGGGGGAGGAGAGAACAGAGGAGGAGGAAGACGAUGAGGAGCCACACGAGGCGAACGGGGAAAGGAAAGAGGGAAACGUCAGCCUGACAAACCUGUCACAGUACGUCACGGAGCGCUCCAAGCUCAACGGAUUCAUCCCAGACCAGGACCAGGAUGGAGAGAACGAUUUGGUGUUGAACGGAAAACAACAUCAGCCAUAGUCAGGGUCGCAUGAGAGACAGAGAAAGAGACUGAAACUCAGAAUCAGGCUAAGAAUGCACUGUCAUUUCAGGAUGUCAGGAAAUGUGCCUUUUCUGUUUCCCCGUGCUUCGAUUGGAACGGCUCCCAGGAAAUUCAGCCAGUGUGCCAUAGCCAUGUGAAGAAAAACGUGUUGCCAAAAAACGAAUCAAGCUGAGCGACAGCCGAGGCCGCAGUUAAUAUACCUCAUUGCAUAUUUGCUGUACAACAGGCUGAUGAAGACCUUGAAUAUUUCUACAGGAUCAGCUCACUUGUCUCUCAGCUGUCGCAGUUACGAGACACUCAGGCAAUGGCUGCUCCUGGACCUUGUUGAAUCUUGUUGUUUUUUUUAAAGAGUGUGGGCAGGACACGCAGAGAGCUAUGGUCAUGUCAAACAUCUUCAGGAACAUUAUCGAUCUCCGCUUUUUCAUCUCAUACCGUGGGAGCUAUUUAUAGCCCGGGCAGUGGGCUUUUAAAAGGGACUCGAGAGUGGGAGGUUGUGUUUUUGCUGCUCAAUCAAUAGACAAUAUGAGCAUUUAGCUAUAGCUGACAUGCUGUCAUUCCUAUACAGUAUGUGACUUUGAAAAAGUAGCCUUUGCAAAACGACGACACACGAGAACUCAUAAAAAAAAAAAAAAAACGACUUUGUCUCGAUAGUGCAUGGCAUUUAAUCGACAACUGUAAUAAUGUUGUAAUAAGAAAAAUCACUUUUGGCCACAAGAUUGUCAGCGACGUUAUGUUUCCUUUUUCAAUCAUUUGCACGACAUUUACAUAUUUGUUUUCAGCCAGAACGUUUCCUUACUUGUGUUUUCCAUCGAUCAGCGCAAAGUAUGAAUUCAAUCUAAUCUUUUUCCUUUUUUAUAUUCUGAAGCACAUCCUGUAGUAAUCCAAUCACUGACUGGCAAGAUAUGACCCUUUUUUGUAUUUCACAAACAGGUACUGACACUACACAAUUACGCACACACACGCACACACACACACACACACACCUGAUUGAUCAUUAACCUUUUCCAUGACCAUGACCUGUGACAAGCUUAGCGAUCAUUUGUUGUGUCCUGUGUAUUUUAUGACCAGAUCACAUAUAAUGUAGUGAGUGCCUUUUUCCAGAUAAUAAAAAAAAAUCAA